CACACGCUCUCACUCCACUGAGUGCAACUACAAGGUAAACAGCUGAGAUCCGAGCUAAAGACAGAUUACAAACUACAAACUUAAGUCCAACUCGGGACUGAUAAGAGCUCGUCGCCUUUUGGUGAAAGUGCCAAAACAACCGUGCGUAAUUACGCAUAAGAUAAAAAAAACAAUGAGUGCCACAACUGCAAUGGAAGUGAACGCCGAAGCCAGACGGAUCUUGGCCGUGUCGAUAAGCAAGCUGUACGCCUCAAGGACCCAGAGAGGCGGACUGAGACUCCACCGGAGCCUCCUGCUCUCCCUGGUCAUGAGGUCUGCCCGGGACAUCUAUCACUCCUCCCGGGAAAGCGAAGAGCUGAGCAUGGCGCAACCGGCUCCAGUUGAACCGAUGGACACCAGCUCCUCCACCACGGGUGAAGCAGCCGGGCAGCCCGAGCCACAACCUGAGCCCACACCGGCUCUGAACUCAGCCGAUCUGGCCCCAGAAGAGCCGCACAAAGAGGAGGAGGAAGACGAAGGGUGUGAUAGUGAACUCAUAGAGGACAAAGAAAACAUGAGCCCGACAAGGCAGUCCAGGAAACGCCGGGGCAAGGCGUCGGCGGCGCCUGACUUCCUUCCCAGCAAGAGGGCGAGGCUGGAGCCCGGGGAGGAGAGGUAUGCGGCCCCGCUGGGCAGCUGUCGCGUCGGGGCAGGAGAGUCCCUGACCGCUUUGUCUCUAAAUCGGGUUAUACCUGCCUUCUGAACAGAUGGAGGGUGAAAAUAACCUCCAGUGCGACUUUGGAGCGGAGUGAUUUUCAACUCCUCGUUAACCUUUUGAGGACGGUUUGAUCCCUUUUGCGCACCGAGGAGCUGACCUACAUUUGGCAGCCCAGGACAGAGGGAUUACCGGGGCCAUGGUGAGACCUCUCCAGGUUCAUCUGAGUGCGCCUGCCGGGCUGGAAAAGCCCCAAAAACAGAGAUCAGCAAGCAGAGAAGGAGAAAAGAAAAAAAAACUGAGAGCCAGAAGCCAACGAAAGAAAGAAGAAGAGCUUCAGGCCAGAAAGUUUUAAGGAAGAAACUGAAGGGGGGGGGGAAUGCUUGUGUU